CAAAUUGAGAUUUUUUUAGGGAGAUCGAAGAUGGCGAGUGAAGGAGCAAAGGAUCCAUGGAAAGGAGAAGAGUGGGGGACGAGUGAGAAUCAGAAUCAGAAUCAGAAGAAGCAGAAGAAGCCAAGUGGUGGUGGUGGGAAAAUGGUGGCGAGAGCGAGAAAACAGAUGCCGAGGGGACUCGAAGAGAAGUACGAAGCUUACUUCUUACCACGAAAGCCAUGGCCUUCUGCUCUUGCCUUCUACGGAAGCUUUAUACUUGGUGGGAUUGGUGCUGGUAUGCUUAUAGAAGCUUGGAUCAACAAAAAGGUUAAAGAAGAUGGAGGUGUCAUUUGGGAAUUCGACAAGUGAAAAGAGAUUGCGAUUCAAGUUUCAGAUGGUUUGUGUUUUAAAUUUUCUUGUUGCAAGCAAACACAGUUUCUCUAUAGACAAAACACUCUCGCUGUGAGCUUGAGAACUUGUUUUAACUGAAACGCAUUUAAGUUGUUCGACGAAAUGCUUUUUAGAUAAAAUGUUUCAAACAGUUUGUUACAUAGUAACGACUAAAAAUGGUAACGAACCAAUGUCUUCUGUUAUCUUUAGCGACACAGCUACUUCAACGGUUUUGUAUUUGUUUAUUUUAAGAACAACCCCAUCGUCAC